AUGGUGAAGCAUACGUUUGAAUGGUCACCAUCAGCCACACAACCCAAUGAAGUGUUUCUUGCUGGAAGCUUUGAUGAAUGGAAUUCAAGAUACAAAUUGGACCGCGAUGAUAGUUCUGUCCCUUACAAAAUCACGAUGGACUUGCCAUGUCAGAAAAUCUAUUACAAAUUUAUUGUCGAUGGAACUUGGUUGACCUCUACGGGUGAUAAAGAAGAAGUAGAUUCUUCCGGAAUAAACAACAAUGUUGUCUAUCCUGAAGAGAUUCUAAGCAGUGACGAUGAUGGAGUGUCUGAAUAUACUUCCAUUUCUUAUCCAACAAGCUGUGAUGAUACUGGAGCUAUGCAACACAAAAUAAGCAGCAUAUGCGAUAACUUGAUUCAAGUUAACGAAGAAGAUCUCUCAUCUUCAGUACAGAUAACUAUCAAGGAUGAUAACUCCGUCAUCACAAAGAAUGAAUCUCACGGUCCUGGAAUUUCAACUCCAAGACUUGACAGGAAUAAAGGAUCAUCUGCACAACAGAAUUCGACUACACCUAUCACGUCUGCUUCCACUCGGGGCUUUCUCUCCAAGUUGAGAACCCUUUUUGCCACCUAA